ACGUGCCCUCCGGGAGAGGCGGGGGCGGAGCGUCGCUGGUGGUGGGGGCGGGGUAUGGCGCGCUGUGCGGCGCAGGGCGGCUGGCAUAAACGACGGCGCCGGGGCCGGAGGAAAAAGCUCGCCAUUCUGACGGGUCCCCUCCCAAGCCUCUAGGGACGGCAGAAGAGGACUUGGGGACUACCUAGCACCUCUGGGGUGCGAGAAGAGGCCCUGCUGCCCAUCUAGCCUCAUCCUGCCUCUGCUGCCCUAGCCCCGGGCUGCAUCAGUGGAGGAGGAGGAGGAGGUGGAGGAGGGAGGCACCAUGGGCCUGGGCCGUGCCCUCCAUGCCCGGGAGAUGAAGACGCUGCUGCCAUGGACAGCCCGCGCCAGCCACAGCCCCUGAAUCAGCCUCACCCUCAGUUGUCAGGGUCUGCGUCAGAACCCUCAGAGCCUGGCCAGGCCAGGAUGGGGGUGGAGAGUUACCUGCCCUGUCUCCUGCUGCCUUCCUGCCACUGUCCAGGGGCACCUGGUGAGGCUUCAGCUGGCAGUGGGACCCCGAGAGCCACAAGCACCUCCAGCGCUACCAACUCCCUGAGGGAGGGCUUUGGCGGGCAGGACGGUGGUGAACUGUGGCUUCUACAGAGUGAGGGUGCUGCAGCACUGGUUACCAAAGGGUGCCAGCGGCUGGCAGCUCAGGGUGCCCGGCCUGAGGCCCCAAAACGGAAAUGGGCUGAGGAUGGUGGCGAUGCCCCAGCACCCAGCAAGCGGCCCUGGGCCAGGCAGGAGAACCAGGAGGCAGAGGCAGAGGGGGGCAGGGCCUGCGGCAGUGGCAGUAGUGAGGCAAGUGGCGGACUGAGGGAGGAGGCGCUGCCCACCACACCUGAGCGCCUAGCCCUGGACUACAUCGUGCCCUGCAUGCGGUACUACGGCAUCUGCGUCAAGGACAGCUUCCUGGGGGCAACCCUGUGUGGCCGAGUGCUAGCAGAGGUGGAGGCCUUGAAGCGAGGUGGACGCCUCUGUGAUGGGCAGUUGGUGAGCCAGCGGGCCAUCCCGCCUAGAAGCAUCCGAGGGGACCAGAUUGCCUGGGUGGAAGGCCAUGAGCCAGGCUGCCGGAGCAUCGGCACCCUCAUGGCUCACGUGGAUGCGGUGAUCCGACACUGCGCCGGGCGACUGGGGGGCUACGUUAUCAACGGGCGCACCAAGGCGAUGGUGGCGUGUUACCCAGGCAACGGGCUGGGAUACGUGAGGCACGUUGACAAUCCCCACGGCGACGGGCGUUGCAUCACCUGUAUCUAUUACCUGAAUCAAAACUGGGAUGUCAAGGUGCAUGGUGGCCUGCUGCAGAUCUUCCCUGAGGGCCGGCCUGUGGUAGCCAACAUUGAGCCACUCUUCGACCGGCUGCUUAUUUUCUGGUCUGAUCGGCGGAACCCCCAUGAGGUGAAGCCAGCCUAUGCCACCAGGUAUGCCAUCACUGUCUGGUAUUUUGAUGCCAAGGAGCGGGCAGCAGCCAAAGACAAGUAUCAGCUAGCAUCAGGACAGAAAGGCGUGCAAGUGCCCGUGUCACAGCCGACUACACCCACUUAA